CGUCGCGUCAUCGAACACAGUGGAAAGGGUGGCCGUAAGGGGGGCGAAACGAGAGGAGAAGAACGCGCGCUUACUCGUCGGAGAAACCAACGAUCUCAGCUGAUCCAUGUCCGUUACUAUCCAUUUCUCGGAUCGAUUUGCAGGUGUACGGAUCUGGAGGCGGCGCUUCAAACUAAAGUGCAAGAAUGUGGUCGAAUUGAGAGUAUCUGAAGGGCUGUAGCGUCGAACGGGUGGUCUAUUGUGCUCCUAAAACCCCAAAAAAUUUUCCUUUCGGGCAGCGACCGUCAUUUUUGUCUACAGUGUGGUUCGUUGUGUGAUUUUUAUGCUGAUCUCAGGAGAAACCUUUAAGAUUCUGAGUCUUAAUUCUUUUGAGUUGUGGUGUGAACUAGUUUAAACAAUGACAACGGGAUGUACUGGUGGUGUGAUUCCUGGCGCUGAUCGAACUGAUGAAUGUAAUCCCCCCAAAGUUGAUGAGGAUGCCAUGAUUUUGGAAAAAAUCCCAGUGAAAGAGGAAGAAAGUGUCGUUGUCAACAAAGCCCCUGAAUUUGAUGGGGAGUUUAUGGAUCCUGAAGAUACCCCUGAUGAAGAAGCAAAAAGGAACCAAACCAAAGCUGAUCAUGAUGAGAAGGGAGUCCAUUGUACAAAUUCAAUGUCCCUUGAUAUUCCAGCACAAGGCUCAAAACAUGUUUUGGGAAAGGCCAAAGACAAUUCUCAUGUCAAGAAACGGAGAAACUGCCACACUGAAGUGAAAGAUGAGCAGAAGGGGGCAGGGAAGCAGUUGAAAAGAAAAAGAGUUGCUACUGAUGGGAAUACGAACUCUGAUGAUAAGGAAUUUCUUACAGCUGAAUGCCGGCGUGAAAUCAAAGAAUUGUUUGAGUAUUACAAGGAGUUUUCUGGUCUUGGGCUGCAACAUGAUGAUAGUGAAUGCCAUUCCAACAAUUUGAUGAUUGCUUAUUUGCUGGAGGAGAGAAGUCUUUCAUUUUCCAAACUAGUCGAGGAAAUUUAUGACAAGUUGAAGGGAAGAGAGGGGAUUACUCUGGCUUCUGUUCGCAGUACUGUGCUUUUUGUAGGACAGAGAGUGAUGUAUGGUAUUUCCAGUGCGGAUGCCGAUGUAUUGGAAGAUGAGUCAGAGUCAUGCCUAUGGUGCUGGGAGACAAGAGAUAUCAAAUUGUUCUCUGCUGCUCUUCGUGCCAUUGUCAACAUUCGACGCAUAGCUCGGAAGAAGAUUCAUGAGAGGAUUUCUGCCCUCUGUGCAACAUUAUCUGUGUUGACAAGUUCUGAAUAUAAAGAUGGCCAAAGAACUGAUCUGAUGAAGCCAUCGAUGAUUCUUGGCAAGAUAUUGAAUAAGCAAGGGAUUUCUUCAUUAGUUGAAAAGUUGACCCAGAAGAAAUGUGUCGACAAUGCUGCCAAAGAAGCCAGGUUACAAGAAAAGGAAUUAAUGAAGGAAGCUGAGAAAAAUAAACGGAGUGCUGAAAAGGAAAAGAAGAAAAUGGAUCUAGAGCUUCAGAAGGAAAAAUUGCGAAUAGAGAAGGAACGAAAGCGGAUGCAAGAAGAAGCUGAAAGACAAGAAAAACGCCGUGAAAAAGAAGAAGCUGAAUUGAAAAAACAAAAUAAGAAGCGACAAGAAGAAGCUGCCAGAGAACAACGGCGUCGUGAAAAAGAGGAAGCUGAGCAGAAGAAACAGCUUGCCAUGCAAAAGCAAGCUUCUAUGAUGGAAUGUUUUCUUAGAAGUAAAAAGAGUAGCAAUAGUUCAGAUAAUUCUGAUAGAUUGUCACCUAUGAAAAGCCAAUCAGUUGAUACAGCUUCCAAAAAUGAAGGAAUAACUAAUGCAGUUACAUCAUCAAUGGACUGUGCUUUCUCUCAGCAGUAUAGUGUGUCUAUGGAAGACCUUUGCAGGUUGCAUAUUGCUGGCUGGCAUAAGUUGGCUCACUGUAAUAGGUCUUGCCACUGGGGUCAACGGCGUAAUCCUAAGAUGGAAUUGAUCAAGGAGCUUAAGCUGCAAAGACCAUACUUGUUAGGCGAAUCUCCUGACAAAAUGGCAACGCCAAUGAAGGAUGCUUCCUCUUAUGAAGUGAAUAAUAGCAGUGAAUCAAGCUAUUAUAAGUUUGAUGACGAACUGGAAUCUUCUAUAAGCAAUAUAUCACAUCAAAAUGAUCCUAUUGUUGCCUCAUCAUCAGCCAGGAGCUGGAUUAAAAAGCUGUUGCAGUUUGACAAGAGCUUUAAGCCAGCAUAUUAUGGAACUUGGCACAGGAAAAGUGGUGUUGUUGGUCCAAGGCACCCGUUUAGAAAGGACCCUGAAUUGGAUUAUGAUGUUGAUAGUGAUGAGGAAUGGGAAGAGGAGGAUCCAGGUGAAAGUCUUUCGGAUUGUGAAAAAGAUGUAGAAGAAAUUUUAGAUGCUGAAAACUUGAAAGAUGAGGAUGACAUCGAAAGUGAAGACAGCUUUGUUGUUCCUGAUGGUUAUCUUUCUGAAAAUGAGGGAGUACAAAUCGAGACAUCUGAAUUCCCAGAUGAUGAGGCAAAAGUCUCAGAGUGUUGUAAGUUAGAGGUUGAUAAUGAGGAAUUUAGAACAUUGCUGCAGCAGCACAAGAUUCUCUGCACUUUUACAGAAAGGGCUCUUCGAAAGAGCCAGCCACUGGUGAUAUCCAACCUAAGUCAUGAAAAGAUCAAACUUUUGUCGGCCGAGGAUCUUAAUGGGAAGGCAAAAGUUGACCAGGUCUGUUUGCAGGCUCUCUGCAUGCGGGCCAUCCCUGGAGGAGCCAUUGUAGAUAUCUUUACAAAUCCCAGCACAUCCUAUGAGGAUCAACAAGUGCCCCUGGCUCCUGAGGAAAGUGCUGCACAAGCAGCCACUGCACCAGUUGUAUCUGAUAAGGACUUGCCAGAAUAUGUUAGGUUGAUUCAAUCUUGUCCGCAUGGAAUUAAUAAGCUGGUAGAUGUGUUGCUACAGAAGUUUCCAAGCAUCCCAAAGUCACAAUUAAGAAAUAAAAUACGGGAAAUAUCAGAUUUUGUUGACAAUCGAUGGCAGGUUAAGAAAGAUGUCUUGCAAAGGCUUGGCUUGUCUGCCUCCGAGCCCUCUCCAGACAAGGGUGGGAAGCAGAAAAGUAUAGCAAUGUAUUUCUCCAAAAGGUGCUUACCUCCUGAAGGGCAAUCCAUCAACAUCUCUGAAUCCUCUCCUCAGUCAAGCGCAAAAUCAAAGGCACAGAACUUUGGAAGUGAUGGCCAGUUCCGAGAGAGUGGUUUGCAGUUUAGGGAUCUCUAAGAAAUAGUUUCUGGUGGAUUUUGGGUUAUCCAAGGCAUUGGUAGUGUAUGUAUAACACUGUGAAUCAUGGUACCAAGUGUUUGUUGUAUACGAGGUAUUAAGAAAUGCCAGUUCUGUUAACUGGGUUGACCAUGUGGCCGGUGUUGGUAGCACUGAACUUGUGAAUUUUCUUUCUAUUUGCAAAUUUUCUUUAAGUUUCUAACAAUAUAUUGAUGUUUAUUUUGGCCGUCA